GUUGAAGUGUCACAGACAUCAGGCCUGGAAGAAAUCACAAAGGGGCAACUAUUCUAGCCUUUUGUCUCCAGACAAGACACCAGUGACAGAAAAACUGGUGUAAAGGAUGAUACAGCUAUUCUAUCUGACCCUGCUGGUUAUAGUGGCUUUUCAACAUUGGAAUCCAGCAACUGCUGAUGGUUUUGUAGAUAGUGAAAGCUGUUCCAAGUGCCACGCCAAUGCUUCCUGCGUGGAGACCAACGACUCCGCGGUCUGCUCUUGCCUGGACGGCUUCACCGGGGACGGCUUCGUCUGCUCGGAUGUGGACGAAUGUGCCCUCCCGGGGGGCCACAACUGCUCGGCCAGCAACUGCGUGAACACGGUGGGCUCCUACUACUGCGGCUGCCCCGGGGGCUUCCGGCUCACUCCCGACAAUGGCUGCGAAGACAUAGAUGAAUGCAGCGACCCGCACGUGGACUGCCACGCGCAGGCCGUCUGCACUAACUCUCCCGGCAGCUACUCCUGCGUCUGUCUACCCGGCUACUCGGGGGACGGACGCCAAUGUCAGUGCGCCCCCGGCUCCUGCGGGGCCGGCUUAGACUGCGUGGCCCACUCUGAUGGGACCCGGGUCUGCGCGGAUCCAUGCCAGAGCUACAGCCUGCGGGACGAGUUCUGGAGGAGCACCGCCUACCGGGCUGGCUAUUAUUGUGAUGUCGCGAUGCGAGGUUGGUAUCGCUUUGUGGGCAGGGGAGGCGUGCGCAUGCCAGAGACGUGCGUCCCGAUCCAUAGGUGCAACACCGCUGCUCCCAUGUGGCUAAACGGGACCCAUCCGUCGAGUGAUGAGGGCAUUGUCAGCCGGACCGCCUGUGCCCACUGGAGUGGCGACUGCUGCCUCUGGGAGUCCGAGGUGCAGGUGAAGGCUUGUGUCGGCGGCUUCUACGUCUACCACCUGACCUCCCCCCCAGAAUGCAACCUGGCCUACUGUACAGACCCAAGCUCUGUGGAAGGGACCUGCAAUGCCUGUGGCUUAGACGAGGACUGCAAGGCUGUGAAUGGAAACUGGACCUGCCAAUGCAAACAGGUCUCAGAUGUUACUGACAUUGCUGACCUGAAACCUGAUCUGUUUUGUGAGGCCAAUCACAUCAAGGUGUCUUUGAAUAAGUGCCUGCUGGAAAACUUAGGGUUUGAGCAGAUAUUUACAUAUUUGAAGGACAGCUCCUGUGUUGGUUUUGAAGAGAAGGACAAUCAGAGUUGGGUGUCAGUGGUAACUCCAGCUCGGGAUGGGUCAUGCGGAACCACACUAAUGAAAAACCAAACCCAUGCCAUUUAUAGCAACACUCUCUACUUGUCCGACAAAAUCAUCAUCCGGGAUACCAACAUCAACAUCAACUUUCAGUGUGCCUACCCUCUGGAUAUGGAAGUCAGUCUCCAAACAGCAGCCCAACCCCUUAUCAGCUCCCUGAACAUCAGCGUGGGUGGGACAGGCAUGUUUACAGUGAGGAUGGCUCUGUUCAGAAGUCCGACUUACACGCUCCCCUUUGAGGGCUCUUCCGUGGCCCUCUCCACUGAAGCCAUCCUUUAUGUGGGCACCAUAUUAGAAAGGGGAGAUUCGAACCAGUUUGUUCUGUUGAUGACGAAUUGUUACGCCACUCCCAGCAGCAAUGCCACGGACCCCUUGAAAUAUUUCAUCAUAAGAAACAGUUGUCCACGCACUCAGGACCCAACUAUUCAGGUGGUGGAGAAUGGGAUGUCUUCCCAAGGUCGAUUUUCAGUCCAAAUGUUCAGAUUUGCUGGGAACCAUGACCUAGUCUACCUGCACUGUGAAGUUUCUCUCUGUGACACUAGGAAUGAGCAAUGCAAGCCAUCUUGCUCAGGGACUAGACACCGUAGUGGAGGUGCCAUCAACCCAGCUCAAGUUCUGAACUUGGGACCUAUCACUCGGAGAGAUGCUCAGGCCGGCAUACUGAGUGAUAUCCCUAGCGGUGCAGGGUUCCUGACACCAUGGCUGGGUUUGCCCCUGUCAAUUAUCGUGCUUCUAGCAACCCAGGGAUCCAAAUGAGGGAAAUACUUGAGUUUGCAAAUAGCUGCUAAGAAAAGAAGCAUCAGAACCAAGAAUCUACAGCCAUUACUUUAGUCACUGAAGAAGGAAGAGACCCAGUCCUGGAGAAAGCAACAAGAUGGAUUCCCAUCAUUUGCUCUUUUUUUCCCCUUUUUUCUUUUUAACAAUAGUACUUUAAAAGAAUCUGUGCCUUUAAAUGGAUGCCUCAGAUAGAUACCUUGAGCUCUUAUUUUUUCUUACUACAAAAUUUCUGAAGUCUCUUUCAAUUCUGUUUGCAAGAGGAGAUUUCUAGCCACUCAGAUAUGUUAUAGAAAGACCACUGAAUGACAACUUAAGCAAAGCCUAAAUUUUAACUCUAUCUCUGCAUUCACUUAAGCACUCUGACUUUCAAUUACCUCAUCUAUGAAAUGGAAAUAGCAAUAUGUUAACAUGUUAAUGAUGAUGAGAAAUAAUAAAUAAUCCUUUCAUUGUGUAUAUCACUUCACAGUUUAUAAACAGUAUUUUAGUCCAAAAUUUCAUUUUAGUCUCAUUACACCACAAUAAAAGUGAUGACUCUAGAAUCAGAGAACCUGACUUCAAAUUCCACCUCUGAUGCUCACCUGUAUGACCUUAAGCAAGUCCCUCUGCACAUUCCUGUGCCUCAUGUAUUCCUGAUCUGUAAAAUUAAGUGACUGAUCUAGGUAGUCUUGGAGGUCUCCAUGUUCCUGCCAUCUCCUUUUUUCCAUGUCUUCGUUGAAGUUCAGGGAAGUUAACAUACUCAAGAUCAAGUGACUUGUAAGGAGUGAAGCAAAGACUUGGACUCAUAGCUCUUCACUUCAUCUGAAAUUCAUUCCCAUAGCAUUUCAAAUUAAAACAAAAACAGAACAUUUGUUAUAGGUUGGCUGUGGGAAGAAAGAAGAUAGAGACAGUACACCUCCUUCCACCUUUCCUAGCCCAACUGGUUCUCUCAUUUGUCUCUUUACUUUCUUCUCUGCAUUAGUUUGAUUCAUUUACUUUUGGAAUGAAAUUUUAGGAAAAGUGAAAGAGGAAAUUAUGUAAGUAAAUAUCAUAGUUGUUUCUUAGCUUGCCAUAAUAAAAUGGAAUGGAAGCAGACUUCACAGAGGGUAAUAAAAAAGCAGCCUUUCCAUAGUGUGA